AUGAUAAUCAGCACAGUCAAGCUGUUGAUACUGCUUGGUCCCUUCAUCGCAUGCAGAGGACAAUGGACAGUAGGCACCUACGUGACACAGGCCGACAUCGACAUGGCCACUGCGGCGGAUGUCAAAGCUGAGUCGGCCUGUGCCAUCCGGAGUUCCCUGGACAUCGACGACCGAGCAGGACAAAGAGCGCAACUGGAGGAUGCAGCGGCUGGCAACAUCUUGCUGACCAUCAUGACAGAGGCAAGCAACAACCAAGAGCUAGCUGACAAGCUUGCUUCUGAACUUCCGGGACAGUUGGUUGCAAUCGCCACUCCUUUGAUCAUGUUCUUCCUGAUCUUAGCCGUGUACCUGCUCAUAUGCUGUUGGACGGCAUGUCCUUGCUGCAAGUGCCUUCGCUGCUGCAGCAAGAAAAGAGGGAUUCCCUUCUUUGCGAAGCUGCUCUUUCUUCUCGUGAUCGCUGGGAUGGUCCUGGCUCUGGUUACCGUGUCCAGCCUGUCCACCCGUGGAUACUCCCGAGCCGUUGAGGGCUUUGAUGUGACCAACUGCGCUGCGGCAAGGAUGGUCAACACCACCUUCCAGGGGCAGGCCGAUCCGUACUUUCUGGGCCUGAUCCCCGUGCUGAACAUCUUUGAUGAGCUCGAAGGCAGCUUGGCGGAGAACUCCCAGUUCAUCAACGACCUGCGAGCUAUCCUCUUGAAUACCCAGGCCAUCACCGAUUCUGUCACUGUGGCGACGGCCACAUUGGACAUGCUCAGCGCCAUGCUGAGUGAUUCUCGCAACACGCUGCCAUCCGGUACGCUUCACGAGUGUGCGGCCUGCCAGACUCUGUCCACAACGCUGAGCACAGUCAGCAGCGCCGUGUCCUCCGGCACAGCUGCUGCACUUAGUGCAGCGCGCGUUGAGGUGGACAACCAGCUGUCUGGAAGCAGUUUGAACAGCCUCAGAAGCUCCCUCAGCAGCGCAACUGCACCACUUGUUGAGCUGAAGACGACCAUUCGGUCAAGCUUCACUCCGUUCGUGGAGGACACUCUGAUGGAACAGCUCUCGGAUGGGAUGAAUGCGAACGGGACAGUUGCCAGUGUGUUCAUGAUCGGUCUGGCUUUGACCCUUGCAGCAUGCGCGGUGCUUGCUGUCUUGCUGUGGAUGUGCUGCGACACAAAGCGAAGCGAUGACACAAGCGAGCCGAUUCACAGUCCUUGGACCCACCGAUGCGCGUGCUGCACCUGGUGUUGCGGCUGUUACUACACGAUGCUGGCCUUCUUUCUCGGAGGGAUCAUGCUGAUCAUAGCAGUGCCCUUGUCGUCCAUGUGCUUGAUCAUGGAGGACAUCAGCAGCCAGCUGAUCACUGACAUCUCGGGAGCCUUGGAGAUUCCGAUUGAUCCUACUUCUGGCGAUAUGAUGGGCUCCAUGAUUGACCAGUGCAUUCAGAACUCCACAUCCAACCCCAGGCUGCUUGACCUCAUCUUCAUCACUGAGGGUGGCGUGCAAGUCUCCAUGUACAACAAGCUGGUCGUCCAAACCCAGGCGCAAAUCACGACGCAGUUCGACCAGUUGGGGUUGCCUGGACAAACUUAG